GAUCCUGGGUCAGACGUAACAACCCAGUGUUCGGGUCGUUUUUGCGUUACCCAGAUCCUGGGUCAGACGUAACAACCCAGGGGUUAAGUUAUUUAUCGUAGGCUUUUUGCGCCCUCUUCAGGAGAGAGCAGUGCAGCUCCGUCAGUGCAUGUCUUCAGUAAAAUACAGGUUUGUGUACGUUUUAUUUUAUCUAGAAAUUCUUUAUUGUUCUGUAUAUCGUUUAAUUUUAUGCAAAGCAACAUACAAGCGCGAUAUGAGUCAGCUAAACGAGUGUCACGUGUUUUUCCGCUUGAUGGAAACGCCUGAUGUUUUGCAUAAAAUGUUAUGAUUUUAUUCAAAAAGAUACAGAAUAUAAAAACUUAGGAUGUUCAAAUAUGUUCUCAGAAUUGUACACUGACUAUUUAUGGACAGGUUAUGGAGUCAGUCACAGCAUUUUUGAAACGCAUGAAACGCAGGCGGCGGUCUGAAGUUAUCAGUUCCCCCGCCGAACAUGAGUCAUCUCCGGCACGGGAUCCAGUGCCGUUACGGUGGAAACAGGACAACAGACACUGAUCGAUUAUAGUUGAAUUACUUCUAAAUGUUUAAUUUUUACUUCUAAUAUUUGUUAAAUGAGCUUAAAUGUAGGCAAUAUGUAUUAAAAACGAUAUAAAAUAUGCUAUACUAUAAAAUAUGAUCAAAAAUAAAGGAAUUAUCAUGCAAGUAUUUAAAAAAGUAUUUAAAAAAAGUUUAGAGGAUUUAAGUUAAUCCGUAAACAUUAAUUCAUGUUUGAAGUAAAAGAAAAAAAUAAGCUAGUUUUUAUAGUAAAAAUGAAUCAACCCAUUGCUGGGUUAAAUAAACAACCCAACUUGCUGGGUAAAAUUAAUCCUAUAUUUACCCAGCCCAAAUUGCAAUGUUUUUCAGUGUUUUUUAGAGUGUAAAGGGGGUCAAAAUUACCCAUAUUGGAAUUAUAGGUUUUCUUCAAAAAAUAGAUGUCCUACUAAUGAAAUAAUUAAAAGAACUGAUGAUAUCUAAAGGUGUGCAUCAAACCUGACCUGACACCAGGGGCAGAGUUAGGGGUGGCCGCUCACAACUGCUGUUUCUGUCUCCUUUUUUCUUGACAAGAUCUCAACCAUCAGAACCAUCUCUUUAAGACCACAAAAAAUGGCAGACUUUUCGGACAUGCACUCCAACUUCGCCUCAGUGCCCGGCACAAGACAAAUGAGCAUCAGACGCUGACAAGCUUUUGAAACAAACUCAGAAAUGUUGAAGACUUCACUGAUUGUAUAAAAUCCAAUGAAGGUUGAAUAAUCUUUGAACUAUAAUCUUUGAACUACAGUAAUUAUCUGCAUGUCUCAUCCAUGAAGAUGCAGCAAUGCAGAACAAGCUGUUGGGGGUUUUGAGAACCAGAACAAACUGACUGAGCAAGCUGAGCUUUAGUGUGAGCCCGUUUGGAUACUAUUGUGGACGUGAGGAAUUAAAAAGGUCAAAUUCACGCAGUAUUCCAUGAUCUAAUUCACUACUAUCUCAAUUACAAUCAAGUAUAAAUAGACUGUAGUGUAGGCAAUAAACAGUCCAGUACAUUUUAGUCAAACUCAUUUUUAUGUUGAAAUAAUGAAGAUUUCUGAGCCACCCCUAUGAAACACCUACACGAACACUUUAUAGUUGGUUUUGUGACUGUCAUUCUCUUUAAAUGCUAUUAAUGUAUGUAUGUCGUUUGUAACUUUAGAGACGGUCCCUAAAUUUGCGAAUCUCGCAUGUCCAACAUCAUUUAUGGACUACAAUAUAACCAGUAACAGUACGAUCACAUACAGCGGUGUCCUCCACAGCCAUUGUAUUGCCAAAAACUGUACUUUGUCUGCUGUAUCCGUUUGGAAAAGUACUGGAGAUGUUUUGUCCAGAUGGAGGAGUAACUCUGGAAGUCUUGAAGCGGACUGGGAAUAAUCGGUGAAGAUCGAUUCAUCCGGGGCAGCAGAGGGCGCUGUGACUGCUUGAUCCCCGCGGAAGAUCGAGUCCUCGCGGCUUCAACGCUCCGCUGUGGCGGCAGGACCGGGGUCACAUGACCACUCUGAAGAUCAGCCGAAGACUGUGACGGACACAGAGAAGCUGCUCACACAAAGUGCUGUCAUGGUGAGAACGUAUAAAAGGAAGACCAACCGGGCGAGUACGGCGCCGGAGACCAUGCUGAAGGCCGUCCGGCAGGUGCUGGUGUUCAAGAAGACCAUCCGCGGCGCCGCGGAGGAGUUUGGGAUCAACUAUCGCACGCUCGCCCGCUACUGCACCAAAAUCCCCCGCGAGGAGGUGGAGGGAAGCGCGGAGCAUCCCAGCUGCACGGUGGGCUUCAUCGGCGCAAGGCAAGUCUUCAGUCCGGAGCUGGAGGCGGAGCUGGUCUCCUACGUGUUGAUGGCAUCCGACGUUUAUCACGCGCUCCCGCCGAAGGCCAUCCGGAAACUCUCGUAUCAACUGGCCAAGGGCCAGCAGCUGCAGAUGCCGCCGUCCUGGAGGGAGAACAAACAGGCCAGCGCCGACUGGUUCGCCGCGUUUUUAAAGCGACACCCGCUGUUGUCCGUCAGGACGCCUGAGCCGGCGAGUCUAGCGAGAGCCUUUAACAAAGAGAUGUUUUACGGAAAACUCAAGGCGCUGAUGGAGCGCCACUGUUUUAAGCCCGAGGACAUCUGGAUCAUGGACGAAACGGGAAUCACGACGGCCCAGAGGCCGGAUCGAGUGGUGGCCAGGAAGCAGACAGGAUCUGUGACAUCUCCUGACCGCGGGCCCCUCGUGAGCGUCGCCUGCGUCGUCUCGGCCAGCGGCGGCGGGAUCUCGCCCUAUUUCGUGUUCCCUCGGGUGCAGUUUAGGGAGCACUUCCUCACGGGCGCGCCCACUGGAAGCUCCGGCGGCGCACAUAUCAGCGGAUGGAUGCGGGAGGAGCAGUUCCUCGACUUCUUACGGCAUUUCGUGCGACAGACCAAAUGCUCCCUGCAGAGACCCUGCCUCCUGCUCCUGGACAUCCACGUCUCGCACCUGUCCAUCGAUGGCCUCAACUUCGCCAAAGCCAAUGGCGUGGUGGCGCUGUCCUUCCCGCCGCACCUGGAGCGCUCGGUUUGCGGCCCGCUCAAGCAGUGCAUCAACGCGGCCAUUGACAGCUGGAUACUGGGAAGCCCGGGGAGGAGUGUCACGAUCCAUCAUAUUCCGGGAAUCAUUGCGACGGCGCUGCCACAGGCGGCCACUGCGGACAACAUCACGGCCGGGUUCAAAGCCUGUGGGGUUUUCCCCCUCAACCCAAAUGUGUCUGACCAACUAAGUCUUGUUACGGACUGUCCGGUCGCUCCUGUGUCCAAUGGCUCGGACUCGACACAUGAUACUCCCGAUCCCUCGUGUCCUUCACCAGACCCGUCGCUCUGCCACCCAAAACCCACACUGGAGACGGAUGGCUGCCGUAUCGACUGGCUCGCCUGCGAUUAGUCCUUGGAUAAAAGAGAGAAGCAGGACCUUGAUCUCAAACAUUAACUCUCCUUACUCCAGAAUCUCUUUGUCUUCUAUAGUCACACACACUCUGCUCUCUUUUGAUACAGUUUCGUUCAAAUCAACAAGGUUUUUUGUUUGUUUUUCCAUUGUUGCUGUUUCAUGAACUGUUUCACAGCUGUAUUACGGUGUAAAUUAUUGCUGACAGUGAUUAAAUAUGACACAUUUUACAUGCAUACACUGUGGAAGAUGACUUUUUUGCUACUCUAGAAAGUGUUCUUCUCUAGUCAGUGAUGUUAAACAGCAGCUACGGCUGUGACAACAUGCCCCACUAUAGAUGUUGAGCAUGAAAGCGCAGAUGGAUGUGAUCUGCUGUAAAUCAGUAGGAACUGAUCUGUCCAUGCUGGAUAUUGAGGAUUUCAUCAGUGAAAUCUGUCAGCUGAAGAAAGAGGUGGCGUCACUGGAGGCAAAGCUGAGAGAAAGAGGAGACAAACCCAACAGAGAGGAUCUGGAGAAGGUUUCAGUGUGUGUGACUGACGGGACAGAAGCUCAGGAUUCACUCUGGAGAUCCAGAGACACACAGGACUCAGAGCUCAGCCUCACUUUACUGUGUUAUACUGACGCUCAGGAUCAUGGAUCCGCUGAUCAAACCUCUGACUGUAACGCUGGAGAACAGCAGAUGCUGCAGACGCCGCUGAAGAUGUGCUCCGUCAAACUGGUGGACUGCAGGAACCUGAUAGAGAGCAGAGGAGAAAAAACCACAGCAGAGGAACAACAGCAGAGUCAUGAGGAGGAGGAGGAGGAUGAGGUUACUCCAGAUGAGAAUGGUGGAGAUGAAGAAAUGGCCUCGACAUCAAAAGAUAAGCCGACAGCCAAGAGUUUUUCCUGCGUGACCUGCGGGAAAACGUUGAGCUUGCGGAUAAAUUUAGCAAGACACGAGAGAACACCCACAGAACAGAAAGACUGCAGGAGAUGCAAUAUCAGCUUUCCUUCCUCGGAAGUGAGGAGACAUCAUUCAAAAGAGCACAAGAAGUUUCGCUGCGAGCAGUGUGGGAAGCAGUUUUCCGUGUCUUCUAAUCUGAAAGUUCACAUGAAGACGCACACUGGCGGAAAGUCUUUCCACUGCAGCGAGUGCAACAAGUGUUUCAGCAGCAAAGGGAAUCUUGAUUUUCACAAGCGAACCUACACGGGUGAAAAGCCGUACAAGUGCCCUCACUGCGAGAAGAGCUUCAACCACAAGCCCCAUCUGAAGAAGCAUGUGCGUGUUCACACCGGAGAGAGGCCGUACCAGUGCAGCAAAUGUGGGAAAACCUUUGGGAACUCAACUGCUCUGAAGACACACCACAGAACACACACUCAGGAGAAGCCGUAUCAGUGCAAACACUGCGAGAAACGAUUCCGACAGGUUUCUCAGCUGCAGUGUCAUGAGAGGAUUCACACCGGAGAGAGGCCGUACCUGUGCUCCGACUGCGGGAAGAGUUUCUCCGACCCGCGGCAUUACCGGAUUCAUCAGCAUCUGCACACGGGAGAAAAGCCUCACGACUGCUGCAUCUGCGGGAAGAAUUUCAGUCAGAUCUCAAACCUACAGAAGCACCAGAGGAUCCACACGGGAGAACGACCGUUCAAGUGUUCUCAGUGUGACAAGACUUUCGCUCGAUCAGACGUCCUGAAGGUCCAUGAGCGAGUUCAUACAGGAGAGAAACCUUACCGCUGCUCCAUCUGCGGCGAGAGAUUCACUUAUUUAGGGGGUUUUCAGAACCACCAGAAGAAACACACUGAAGAACAAACCUGAAAUCAUCAUUGUAGCUUCUGUUUUCUGUUUCAAAGAUUCACUUUGGUCCCGUUUUGAAAAUAGGUGGGAUAUCUGGAGUCGACAUUGCUGUUCAGAACUUUCAUAGCACUACAUAGAUGAUUCAGUUGAAUAAAUUGCAUUAUAUUACAAUAUAUUUAUGAUUUAGAGUGCUGAAGCCCUGAGUAUUUGAACUCAUUUGAUAUUUUAAUGACAGAAGACUGUAAAUUGAGCUUGUUUUAGUGUUCUCAAUGUAACUUUAUUAAGCAACAUGUAAACAAACAGAAAGGACACUGCUGUGUGAAAUUAAAUAUUACUAUUGUAUACUGAAAAAAGCAAGACUUUAAAAUGAAUAUUCUA